AUUUUUCUGAACCACACAUCUUCUCUCUCUCUCUCUCUCUCUCUCUCUCUCUCUCUCUUUUUCCCUGGUCAGACCACACAUCUUCUCUUGUUUUAGCAGAAGAAAGCUCCAAGACUUUGGUUUGAGGGAAGAGAAAAAAAAGUUGAUUGCCGAAAACAACAGAAACGGUAUGAGAUCUAUCUGCUGAGAGUGCACCACGAUCACUUAAAUUGCACACAAACUCCAACCCUAGAGCCUACCUUUUGGCGCUUCUGCUACAUUAUACAAACAAGCAAACUUUGCGCCCCAAAUCCAUCGAACUCCAAUUACCAACCAAGGCCAAAGUUCAAUUUUUUUUUUUCUCAAUGUCUGAGAUACCCACUUAGAAAGAGAAGCAGAGGAAGACAGAGAAGAAAAUAGAACAGCAAAUGGAAGAAGAGGGAGUCCAGAUUGUAUUGGCUAGAGCCAUAGAAUUGAGGUUAAAGAUCAGCAAUUGCAUCCACAAAGCAAGCACCAGCACCAAUAAUAACAAUGUCAACUCUAUUUCUACUAAAGAAAAUAAACAAGAAAAGGAAGGUGUCGAAGUGGGCGUGAUUGUGAAGGGAGAGGAUGAUAAGAGCCCUAAUUCUCAGUGUCUUGAUGGAGGUUCAUUGUGUGAAGCAGACGAAGAAGAUAACGAAACUGAGAUGCUUCUUAGUAUCCGCGAUGCUCUUGAAUCCCUUGAGCAUCAGCUCUCCAACUUGCAGGAUUUGCAGCAACAGCAACGUUAUGAGAGAGAAGUUGCCCUCGGCGAGAUUGAACAGAGCCGCAAGAUGUUAUUGGAAAAGCUAAAGGAGUACAAAGGUGAAGACUUGGAAGUAAUACAGGAAGCUUCUGCAUUUGCUGGUGAAACAGUGGAGCAUAACAAUGACCUUUUACUUCCACCUUAUCCAAGCCGCCGUCCACAGUCCCUUGUAGACAAUCACUACCUGUCACAUUUCCCUCAUACACACAAGUCUGUCCGCAAUGGGGUAAUAGCUGGUGAAGCAAAGAAGAAUUUGAAUGAGUCAGAGAGCACUAAGGCACAGGAUAUGUCUGAAAAUCCAAGCAGAGGUUUAGGACGUUUCAUUGGUGCAGCAGCUAAGAUAAUGGUCACUCUUGGUAUGAUAUCAAUGUUAAACCUGUCUGGUUUUGGACCUAGUCUUGGAAAAAUCAGUAUACCUUUUAAGAUUGUGGACUUGUUUCAGCAACCAAAAACUAAAGAACAGAGACAUAAUGAAUGUCCACCUGGGAGAAUUCUGGUUCUGGAAGGUGGGGAAGCACGAUGCGUUGUCAAAGAGAGGGUUGAAAUUCCUUUUGAAUCGUUGGCUGCAAAGCCAGAUGUAAACUAUGGAUCUGGUUAAUUUGGUAUUCAGUAUCUUCUUUUAUCUUGUUUUUCUUUUUAGUUUUUUUAUCACCUAUAUAUUGUAUAUUUUGAUUCUUCAUAUAUGGUUUGAAGAUUUUGAUUUAAUGGCCUAUAAUAAUUGUGAUGAUUCAGAA